AUGUUACAAACUCCUCACAUCUUCUCGCAUCAGCAUCAAUACGGACAACAGAAUGACCAAGUAUCCUCCUGGCAGCAAAGUCAACAUCAAGCGCUCAAUCAUGUACAGCAACAAGCGCAACAAGCGCAAGCAGCCGCUGCAGCUGCAGCCCAAGCACAACAGCAGCACUACAGUCGAAUUGCGGUGAAUCAAAGUCACAGCUCCGCAAACAACCGGUCAGGCAGCUCGAAUGACCCUUCCUCAAACAACAUCAACGCAAUCAUGAACGGUGGAGCCGAGACUGGAAGCCCAGGCAUGGAGCAAGGGAUCAGUGAAGAAAACCGAAAGGUGCUACAGUGGGUUGCAGAAUUGAUGGAUCCAGCGAGAAGAGAGGGAGCCUUGAUGGAGUUGAGUAAGAAAAGGGAGCAAGUGCCCGAGCUUGCUUUGGUUAUAUGGCACUCUUUUGGUGUUAUGACAAGCUUGCUGCAAGAGAUCAUAUCUGUCUACCCUUUGCUCAAUCCAAGCCAGCUCACCGCAGCGGCCAGCAACCGAGUCUGCAAUGCACUGGCAUUAUUGCAGUGUGUUGCAAGCCACAACGAAACUCGAGGCCUUUUCCUGAAUGCGCACAUACCGCUUUUCCUCUAUCCAUUUCUCAACACCACAUCUAAAUCUCGACCUUUCGAAUACCUUCGUCUCACUUCUUUAGGCGUUAUCGGUGCGCUCGUCAAGAACGAACCCUCGACCAGCUCCGCUUUGACCACCAAUGGCCAACCAAACAACUCCUCCGGCAACAACUCAUCACCUACAAUUACCUUUCUCCUAACCACCGAAAUCAUUCCCCUCUGCUUACGUAUCAUGGAGACCGGUUCAGAGCUCUCAAAGACAGUUGCCAUUUUUAUCGUCCAGAAAAUCCUUCUCGAUGACACGGGACUGGGCUAUAUAUGCGCCACUUACGAACGCUUCUACGCCGUCGGCACGGUCCUAAGCAAUAUGGUUGGAGGGCUUGUUGAGGUCCAGACAGUUCGACUGCUCAAGCACGUGGUCCGGUGUUUCUUGAGGCUUAGCGACAACAACCGAGCCCGAGAAGCACUACGCCAAUGUCUACCAGAGCCUCUUCGGGAUGCAACCUUCCAGGCCGUCCUCCGAGACGACGCAGCCACGAAACGUUGCCUGGCUCAACUGCUCAUCAACCUGAGCGACAAUGUUGCUGACGCACAGCAGAAUCCCGGCAUUGGCAUGUAA